UUAUCACCGGCUACAACUCUUUGUCAAAAGUCGGCGGCACUGUUACGUUGAUCAACUACGUGGCGCUGUGGCCAACUUCCUGCGAGCACAUCUACACUUUACCACACGUUGUUGACGUAUUAGGAGGGGAAUUGGGGAACAUUUCUCACCUGGGAUAAUUACAGGUAGUCACAACCCUGCUCAAACAAUGAGCCCCUUUUCAAUCAAAAUGUCGUUGUUGUUGCUGCUGAUGACGGUGACAUGGACGGCGGACGCUAGGAUUGGAUUUAAGAAGGACUUGUCAAUGGAAGCUGCUUUCCCUGUCCCCAUCAGGAGAGACGCGGGCCUUCCGGAGGGGCAUCUCCGACCCCUGGGCUACCAACGUCCGGCUGAUUCUCCCGCCGACGAACUGGACGGCUUCCCCGACAUCAGGGUGUUCUACCACGGCUACUCCAAACAGCGGACACCCGUGGUGUUCCGAAACGCUCUCAAGGACACAGAGGUGUUUAGGAACUGGGCGACUGACAAAUACCUCAAGGACACGUUUGGCAAAAUGAACGUCACUGUUGUCACCCAGCGCCCCAUCUUCCACAAGGACGAGAUCAAGCGGACCACCCAGGUGAUGAAGGUGAAGCGCUUCCUGUCCGAGUACGAGUACGAGGACUGGUACAUCUCCUCCGUCAUCCCACAGGAGAUACAGCAGCAGCUCUCGCUGCCGACUAUCUUCAACUGCGGGGUGGUCAGCCGGUAUCUGCAGCGGCCGGAACUAUGGAUGUCCAGUGGCAGCAUCUCCUCCAAGCUCCACAGCCAUCACGACCACAACCUCCACUGCGUCCUCUUCGGCAGACGCGACUACGUCAUCAUCCAAAACAAGUACAGAUACAACUUUGACUUCAAGGAAACAUACAUCAACUCCGGCGAGGGCUCCUCCCCCAUCGACAUGGAGAACAUCAACGUCUACAAACACAAGAAGGUGAAGGAGACGCCAUGGACAUGGGCCACUGUCAAACAGGGGGACUGUAUUCUCAUACCCUCAGGUUACCUCCAUUACGUGCACGCCUACGGCCGCAGCAUCUCCUACUCCAUCCUCUUCUCCCCCACCUCCGACACCGACGAGGAUGUGGACGAACCUCCGUGUAGGAAGGGCACCGCGAAUAAACUCAAACCAAUGUCAGAAGCAACCUUCACAUGGAGUUAUGAUGGCGGGAAGACGCGUCUUGCUAACCGGCGUCUGGACGGAGUGAGCAUGCGCCACCAUCUCAUGUCGCUCCUCAGAGACCAGGGACAGAUCUACUUUGAGAAGUUUGAACAUUUCUACAGCGAAGCCACAUCUUGGGCAAGAGACGCACCCUCAGCCCAGCAGGUGUUUAAUAUCUUGAAGGAGAAAAUCGUCAACAUAAAGAAUCGGGACAAGAAACGCGGUCUUAACUAUAUCACCCGGGUCGACAUACACCAGCUGAGCGACGACCAACUACAGAGGGUCGCUACUAUCCUUAAUAAACCCAACGAGGGAAAAACUCAGAAGGAUCGAUCCAAAUCGAAACACGAAGAGUUGUAGUUAUGAAAGUUUAACGGUCUCGUAAAGUUUUAUGUCUUGAUGGUUAUAUUUAUAUCGUUUUAAAAUACAUUCACGCAGUAAAUGUGUUUCAAAAGAAAAUGUAAUACAAAUCAGGAUUAAAAUCUUUAGAGACAGUUAAAUUUGAAUGUAUGAGUUUUUUUGGAAUGUGUCAUAUCUUAGGAAUUUCAAAUUAAUCUAGUUCAGUCUUUUAAUUCUUCACCAUUGACAUGUUGCGCCUUGUGUAAGAUCACACAGAAACAAAUAUUGUUUUAAUUUCCUCACAGAAUUUAGAUCCUUGCAGAUCUAUAUUUCCAGCCAAGUCCGUCUGUACGGAUCACACAACGAAUAACCAGCCUAUGUCGUUCAUGAAUAAGCCUGAAACUGAAGAUAGUGCCCGACCCAUUUUAAAAAAAAAAGAGAAAUAUGAUUAUUAGAUGGUCCUAGCAAAAAUCUUUUGGUAGAAUCAGUUCAUUUGUAUUGAGAACUGCAAUAUUUCCUUGCCACAUUCACGUUGCAAUAUAAUUAUCAUUCAUUCUACUUCACAUGUUCAACGCGGCAAUUGAUGUACUUACUGUUUGCAAUAAAUAUGUUUCAUA